AUGUCGACGGAUCGUCCUCCAGGCAAGGAGCAGGCGUCGGCAUCCGCCUCGUCUCCCCGACAGGCGAGAUUCUCGAGCAAUCGAUCAAACUCGGUUUCCCAGCGUCCAACAACGAAGCCGAAUACGAAGCGAUUAUUGCCGGACUUCGUCUCGCCGAAGCAGUCGGAGCAGAACACGUUCGUGCGUUCUGUGACUCUCAGCUCGUCGCUAAACAAUUCAGCGGUGACUACGACACGAAAGACGAUCGCAUGGACGCGUAUCUCAAACAAACGCAAAGACUUGCCAAGCAUUCAAGACGUUCGAGUUGACAAAGAUCCCCGUUCCGAGAAUUCCGAAGCCGACGCACUCGCAGCCUUGGCGUCAAAAACCGAAUCAGCACUGCGACGGGUCAUCCCGGUCGAAACCAUCGACGAACCAAGCAUCAAACUCCCCAAGGGAACCGUCGUCAUGGCAAUCUCACAAGAAGAAGAAGAAGACGAAAACCUCACUGAUGACGAGUCAGCAGAACACAAAUCAUGGCAGGAUGAAAUCAGAAAUUACCUCAUCAACGACGCCGUGCCAGAGGAGCGAUGGGCGGCCCGCCGCCUCCGACGAAAAGCAGCUUACUACUUCUUACGCAACAACGAGCUUUUUCGCUGGAGCGCAAACAAAGUCAUCCUGCGAUGCUGCGACGAAGCACAAGCUAAGAGCAUCAUGGUCGAGACCCACGAGGGAGCAUCAGGAAACCACGCCGGCGGAAGAUCACUCGCUUUAAAAAUUAAGAAGAUCGGAUACUUCUGGCCAACGAUGAUCGGCGAUUGCAUAAACGUCGCCGCCAAAUGCGUCCCCUGCCAAAGAUACGCACCGGCGAUCAACGCCCCAACGCAAGCACUUCAAGCUGCGAUCCCGGCAUACCCUUUAUGCGCUGGGGAAUGGAUAUCGUCGGCCCCAUGCCACGCUCACGGCAAUGCGCUUACCUCUUGGUCGUCACCGACUACUUUACUAAAUCGUCACGGACAACGGAGGACAAUUCGUCGCAGCACUUUCCGAGAAUUUUGCGCGUCAUGGAACAUCAAGAUCACUUACUCCACGCCAAGAUAUCCUCAAGCUAAUGGACAAGCCGAGUCCACAAACAAAACUAUUGUUGAUGGAUUGAAAAAAAGGCUUGAAGGCUACCAAGGAGCUUGGGCGGACGAAUUGGAUGGAGUACUCUGGUCGCAUCGAACCACCCCAGAACCGCAUCCGGGGAAACCCCAUUCUCUUUGUCGCACGGUUGCGAAGCUAGCACCGGCAGAACUGCACGUAGCCAGCUUACGACGAUCGUUAAUGCCCCUCAACCCGGCAUUGAAUGACGACUCACUCCUGCAUAGUUUAGACCACGCCGAAGAGCUACGGGAUCGCGCCCUCCUGCGUAUGCAAAACUACCAACAACAAGCAACCAGAUAUUACGACAGGAAGGUGCGAAACCGGCGCUUCGAGCUCUACGACCUUGUAUCUAAGAAGGUCCACGACUUUACCAAACCCGAGCACGCAGGCAAAUUCGGGUUCCAUUGGGAAGGGCCGUUUCGCAUCACCAAGAUCAUCAAACCCGGGGUCUACGAGCUGGACGAUUGUCACGGAAACCCACUGCCUCGUCCAUGGAACUCCAUGAACCUACGCAGGUUCUACACCUAG